CAGUCAACUGACAUCCGUGAGAAGAUAGCAAAGAUCAGAGGGAUGCAAUCCUGAUAUCCGAUUAUUCCAAACCACCCACCGUGUCGUGGCCAUCAUUUUGGUAAUACUCUCGGCCUCAAUCCUCGUAUCCACACGAUUUCCAUGUUCGCUGCUAUUCACUCUCGGGGUCUCAAGGGCGACCUAGGGAGACUCAAGGGAGACUCGAAGGGUGCCACCUGCCCGCAACUUCGCCGCUUGUUCGAGGUUGACUCAGAAAGUCGUCCGAGGCCUGGAUGUUACUGAUCAUUGAACUUUUAAGGGUCUGAUCGGGAGUGGGCUUGAUUUUCAAUCAAUUUGACAAUUCGUCGAAUCGUCGUGGUCAAAGAUCGCAUUGAUUGACGAAAACGCACGGCAAAAUGCAACAUAAUGAAAUGGAGACCAGGCAUGGCCGGGCGGAGCCUCCUAUGACCCAUGACCUUGACCACCCCGAAACCCUGAAGACUAUUAUUCAACUGCUUCGAGUACCUGACCUUCAAAGACUGCUAGAAUUUGCCGGACAUCAAAGCUACGGGCCCAAGCAGCAAUUGCAAACGCGGGCGUUAGCUCUGCUCCGUCUGGGUUCGCCACGGGUGAACGCUAAGAUCCGCGAGAUCUACGAACAUUCCCUCCCGCCAUCCACGGCUGAGGCCAGUAUGAAUCCCAAUUAUGCGGGUAUGGGACAUUUUCCCAACAUGUCAGCGGCAGCCGCCAUCAUGGAGUAUUAUGGCAACAGCAAUGCGCGGAAUCCCCCGGUGGGCCCUUCGCCCCCGGCCCUAGGAUUACCAGGCCGCAAUCCCUAUGCGGGUGGAUCCGGAUCGGGUUAUGCGGCGGCGGCCGCUGUAGCCGCGGCUGCUGCUGCCGCCAAUGUGGGUGUAGGUGGGAAUAUAUACGGCGCCAACCCUUACCAGCCCAUCCACCAAUCUCGAGCCGCCACCAUUCCCGUGCAUCCGGAUGUGAAAUUCGUGCGAUUACCUUUUUUCGACAUCGACGCCGAACUCUUGCGCCCCGCCUCCUUGCUGUGUCCAGGCAGUAAUCGCUUCCAAGAGGCUCAGUUCCAGUUCUUUCUCACGCCAUCGCAAGCCACAAAUAUUGCCUCCAAUCGAGAUAUCUCCUUGGGCAGUCAAGUGGACUAUCUGUAUCAAAUCCAGCUUCGUUUCAGUCAGUUGUCACUGGAAGCCGGCAAAGAAGUAUCCGACGAGUUCCCGCCCAGUAUUCACGUUCUAGUGAAUAAUAAAACCGCUCCUUUACCGAACCCAAUCCCGACCAAUAAGCCCGGGGUCGAGCCCAAAAGGCCUCCCCGACCCGUCAACAUCACCUCGUUGUGCAAAUUGAGCCCGAUUCUUCCCAACACGAUCAAUGUCAAAUGGGCAGCCGAGUACGGUAAAGGAUGGGUUGUGGGCGUUUGGCUUGUAAUGAAGCUUAGUUCCAAGGAUCUGUUGGAUCGCCUUCAGAGUAAAGGCAUCCGAAAGAAGGAAUACACUCGAAAAUUGAUCAAAGAAAAGUUGAGUGACGACGACUGCGAAGUGGCCACCACCUCUCUGAAAGUAUCGCUCACAUGUCCCUUGGGAAAGAUGAGGAUGCAGACACCGUGUCGACCUUCCACCUGUAGCCAUCUACAAUGUUUUGAUGCAAUGCUCUUUUUGCAAAUGAACGAGCGGAAGCCAACCUGGAAUUGUCCCGUGUGUGAUUCCAAAGCGCUUUACGACACCCUUAUGAUUGACGGAUACUUUUUGGAAGUUCUGGAAUCCGCAGAAUUACCCAAAGAUGAAAAUGAGAUCAUCUUGGAAAGGGAUGGCUCUUGGAAGCCCGUGCCCAAGGAGGAAGACAAACCCAAUUCCGGGUCCUCAUCUCAGCCCAAGGAAUCAUCUGCCCCAACUGCAAACGAUGGUGCUAGCUCAAGCGGCCAGCCUAACAAAGAUGAGGAGGUCGAAUGCAUCCAGUUGUCUGACGACGAGGACUUCACUCCAUCAUCCGGUGGCCCACACCCUCCUAGUUCUGAUCCACCUCUCCCUCCACCUCCGCCAUUGCCACCCAUGCCUCCUAUGCCCCCCACCCAGCAAGAAGCGCCGCCUCCCCCUCCCCCACCCAAAGAGAUCGAGUGCAUUGACUUGGACUGAAGAGCAUAACGUCUGAAUUGAAAAACUUGUACAACAAACGGCGAGUUAUGGUCAAAUAAAAGCAAGUGUC